UUUCUAAAUCUCUGACCUUGCUGCCAUCCUCUUCCCUCCAUGUUUUGUCCUUCUGCUGCUGAGCGACCUGGACCUGGUACUACAUGGCUCUCAUCCAACUAGAGGCGCUGAGAGCGGAACACGCUCUGAGCUGAGAGGGCGUGCAGUCACAGCUUCUCUGUUGCCUUGUGCAGCUCUGUACCACGUCUGGAGUCCUCCUUUAUAUACAGGCGAGACUUGACAAAACCAUCUCAUUCAUCUGCGUGUGCAGAUUGUUUUCUUUCCUUGUUCUUCUUUUGUUUUCCCUCCUUCCUCUCUUCCUCACCCUCCCUGAUCAGGCUUAACCAGCUUUUGAAAAGCUGAUUUUUUUUGCGCGCAUCACCUCAGGAGCAAAAAGGAGGCUUGAUACUAUUCCACAGGGGACUGCGGGCUGCCCGAGCGUCAUGACAGCUGAGAAGAGUGGGCCCGUUAUAAACGGUAAACCAGAGGAUGGCAGAGACCCAGAGGGGUCCAGCUCGAGCCUGGACAGCGACGAGUACGUCUACAAUGAGAGGGGCAUGUGGAACAACAAGAUUGAGUUCAUCCUGUCUGUGGCUGGGGAGAUCAUCGGGCUGGGCAAUGUCUGGAGGUUUCCUUACCUCUGCUACAAAAACGGAGGAGGUGCCUUCUUUGUUCCGUAUGUCAUCUUCUUCGUGUGUUGCGGCAUCCCCGUGUUUUUCCUGGAGACGGCUUUGGGUCAGUUUACAAGUGAGGGAGGCAUCACCUGCUGGAGGAAAGUCUGCCCGUUGUUCGAAGGUAUUGGCUAUGCAACACAGGUGAUUGAAGCUCACCUAAACGUGUAUUACAUCGUAAUCUUGGCCUGGGCCAUUUUCUACCUCUUCAACUGCUUCACCACUGAGCUGCCGUGGGCCGGUUGCGGGCAUUACUGGAACACAGAAAACUGUGUCGAUUAUUAUGGAGAAAACGCCACCAACAUCACAAACCCCAACGCAACUUCUCCAGUCAUGGAAUUCUGGGAACGCAGAGUGCUGAAGAUAUCAGAUGGUAUCGAACACAUGGGGGGGAUGCGUUGGGAACUGGCCAUGUGUCUGGCUCUGGCCUGGUUCAUCUGCUACUUCUGCAUCUGGAAGGGACCCAAGUCAACUGGCAAGGUUGUGUAUGUGACAGCUACCUUCCCGUACUUCAUGCUGCUGAUCCUGCUGAUCAGAGGAGUCACGCUGCCUGGAGCCUUUGAUGGCAUCAAGUUCUACCUCUACCCAGAUAUUUCUCGUCUCUCUGACCCUCAGGUAUGGGUGGAUGCAGGAACCCAAAUCUUCUUUUCCUAUGCCAUCUGCUUGGGCUGUCUCACCGCUCUUGGGAGCUACAAUUCCUACAACAAUAACUGCUACAGGGACUGCAUCAUGCUGUGCUGUUUGAACAGCGGCACCAGCUUUGUGGCAGGUUUUGCCAUCUUCUCUGUGCUGGGCUUCAUGGCCUACGAACAAAAUGUUCCCAUCGAGGCUGUGGCUGAAUCUGGUCCUGGUCUGGCCUUCAUUGCAUACCCCAAAGCUGUAACCAUGAUGCCUCUGUCUCCUCUUUGGGCUUGUCUCUUCUUCAUGAUGCUGAUUUUCCUCGGCCUGGACAGUCAGUUUGUGUGUGUUGAGAGUCUGGUGACGGCUGUGGUGGACAUGUACCCAGAAACCUUCAGGAGGGGCUACCGCAGAGAACUGCUGAUCCUCGGCAUGUCCGUCAUCUCCUUCUUCAUCGGACUCAUCAUGUGCUGCGAGGGAGGGAUGUACGUAUUCCAGCUGUUCGACGCCUACGCUGCCAGUGGCAUGUGUUUGCUCUUCGUGGCCAUAUUUGAGUCCAUCUGUAUAGGCUGGGUGUACGGAAGUGACAGAUUCUACCUAAACAUUGAGGACAUGAUUGGCUACAAACCCGUCUUCUUCAUCAAGUGGUGCUGGAUGAUCCUGACCCCGGGCAUCUGUGCUGGGAUUUUCCUCUUCUUCUUGAUUAAAUACAAACCUCUGAAGUACAACAACGUGUACACAUAUCCUGACUGGGGUUAUGGGAUCGGCUGGUUCAUGGCCAUGUCCUCCAUGGUGUGCAUCCCACUGGGAAUCAUCUGGAUGAUCUGGAAGACUCCUGGCACCUUUUCCGAGAGGAUGAAGAAACUGACCACUCCCAGUCCAGAUCUAAAGAUGAGAGGCAAACUCGCCACCCUCAGCCCUUACGCUGUCAAAGAUGCAAAGCUCAAGGUCGAUGGCAAAAUAUCCACCGUUUCAGAGAAGGAGACGCAUUUCUAACUGACCGAGUUGUCCCGAAGCCCAACAAACAAAAACUACAACAUCGACAUUUGCAGAAAACAAACAAACGAACAAACAAGAAGUGACAUUAAUUACUCAGAGAAGCUAUUUUUGGUUUUGUAAAAAAAAAAAUGAAAUUUACACGAUUAUGUAGUCUGCUUCUGUUUUGCACAAAACUUUAAAUAACAUGUUUGACAUUUUCAUUUAACACAACUGUUUCCUGUAGGCUUAACCAUUAGGUGUGUUUAACAGCAUGGUUAAAAUCUGUUCUGGUAACCUGGGAGUGAAGGUCACACUAGUGUGUGUGCCUUCAGAAUGAUGCCGACGUGUUGUGCUGCACGAGGAUCGCAUCGCUGUACCUCUGGAUCAGAAACAAUAGCAGCUUUGGAGAUGAUUCUACAACUUAUUGUUUUCUGAAGUAGCUCAUCAUCCUCAAAAGGAAAAGUUUUAGUCAUUUACAAAAAGGUUUAUAUUUUAAUUUGAUCAGAAGCAGCUGCAACUGCAAACAAUGGUUAACUUGGGAGGUUUACAGCAAAACUAAAAAGGCAAGAGGUUCAAACAUUGUUUCAAAAGAAAAAAAAACAUCUUUUAUUUUUCUGUUUGGGCCACAAAUAGAUGCAUGUGACUCGCAGGCUGAGUCCAAAACACUCGUCUUCCUCCUCUAGCUGCCCUCCUUUAAGUCGUGGAUCUCUUGUCAUUCCACAGUAUUUUUUCUGAGCCUAACAAAGACUGACAGAUAGAUGUGCCUCAAACCCAGAGUUUUUCUUUCCUGCCCCGCCCGUAGAGAGAUGACGAACGCACAUCAGAUGAGCAUUUCAAACCUCAUCUGUUCUCUUAUUUUCCAUCUUUUCAUUCUUGUCUUUCCUCCUCAGCUUCACCCUCUCCCUUCCUGCUGCUUUCAAUAUCCUCAUAUUUCUUCUGCUUCUUGUUCUGCUUCCCUUCAUUGCAUGCUUGGGCUGAAUAAUUACAAAGGCCUCAGAUGAAUCUGCAGUAUUUUGCAUUUCAUCAGCCAUAUUAUUGCUACUGACCUGCAUUUGUGUGCCCUUUUGUCUGACACCACAAACCUUCCAGUUUUAAUUUUGCUGUCUGAGCCACUGCAGGGCUGCGUGUGCUGUUCCUGCAACCGAGCUGGUCUCACUUUCUAGAUCUGUCCCAUCUAAACCCCAAUUUCCUUUGUCCAACAAAGAGUUACUUCCCUUCUUUAUUGUGAUUUCUGAUGAAAAUGCAAUCAGAGGAGAGCAUCUGAGGGAAUAAUAAAAUCAUUUUCUAACAGUUCUUAGGAGGAGAAGAAGAAAAAGGCAGGUGAGGGCUUAAAGAGCUGCAGAGUGGAGGAAGUGAGUGAUUGAGUAGAAAACGAGAGAAAACGAGGAAGUGUUUAGUAUGUGAAGCUCCUUUUUAAGUGUUGACAUUCUUAAAACCCAUAAUGGACCCUCUGAUGCAGGUGCAUUCAUACAAUAUCACCUCUUCACUGAUGUUUGUACAAGUUCAUAGAUGUGUGUGUUCAAAAUUCUAGCCUGCUGUUUAACACUGAUCACAUUGAUGUACAUUUUUACAUUUCUUUCUAGAAGUCUGGUUUUAUUCUCAAGAUGAAGACUGUUUAAAAAAAGGAGAUUGAUGUAAUAAAAAAGAACUUUGUUUUUGACUUUUGAAAUGUUCAAAGCACUUGAUACAGAACUGUACUGAAGUGUUUUACUAUUCCAAACUGUUCUACACACAUUUUGGUUUUCACAGGAUACAGAAACUGUCUGCUUACUCAUUUUUAAGAAUAAAUCUGAAGGAAAGUGGG